AGAUGGCGGGAAAUCCUUCAGUGAUGACGUCACAUGAAGUGGACCAAUAUGGCGACGAGCAUCAGAAUGUAGCUUCGUAACAGGAGGUCUUUUAUUUUUAAAUGAACCGUUGAUUCAAGAGGACCGUCUUUUAGUUGAAGCUGUCUUUAAGUUGUGCUGUGGAGCUGCAGGAUGUCCGGGAAACUCGGCGAUCAGCUCAAGCCCGGCGACCUGGUGUUCGCCAAGAUGAAAGGCUUUCCCCACUGGCCUGCGAGGGUUUGUAAAUCGGACAACGGGUACAGGAAGCGAGUCCCGGUCUACUUUUUUGGGACCCAUCAGAUAGGCUGCGUCGCGCCCGAGAACGUCGUCCCGUACGUCGGCAACAAGCUGAAGUAUGGCGGCGGCGUCCGCAUCAAAGGCUUCGCCGAGGGCAUGUGGGAGAUCCAGAACACGCCCGGAAUCGGCAGCAAACUCAAGGUUCCAGCAAAGACCUGCACUAAAACAACCGAAGCAAAAGCAGCUUCUUCGUCCACACUCUCCAAACCACCUUCCACAUCUUCUAAACAAGUCCCUGCAACCAAAACUCCCGCUGGCAAACCCAAACGUUCCUCUGCUCCCACUAAGUCUGAGCGCGACACUAAACCUGCCUCGACCAAAAGUACCCCCAAUAGGGUUUUGGCUGAGAAAGAAGUCUUAGAGAGACCUACCAGAGCGUCCUCUAGAUUAGCCCCAGAUGAAUCAAUCGAGUCCAAACAUGUUAAAGAUACUGCAGCGAAGGGUGGAGCUACAAGAGCAACGUCUAGAUUAGUUCCAGAUAAAUCAACAGAGUCCAAGCAUGUUGAAGAUACUGAAGCACAGGAUGGUCCUACUAGAAGGCCUUCUAGAUUGGCUCCAAAUAAGUCAACAGAGUCCAAACAUGUUGAAGAUACGGAAGCACAGGUUGAACCUACUAGAAGGCCCUCUAGAUUGGCUCCAGAUGAUUCAAUCAAGUCCAAACAUGCUAAAGAUACUGCAGCGAAGGGUAGAGCUACAAGAACAUCAUCUAGAUUAGUUCCAGAUAAAAUAACAGAGCCCAAACAUGUGAAAGAUACUGCUGCUCAGGUUGAACCUACUAGAAGGCCCUCUAGAUUGGCUCCAAAUAAGUCAACAGAGUCCAAACGUGGGGGAGAUACCGCAGCACAGGUUGCAGCUACUAAAACAGCUUCUAGAUGUGUUACAGAUAAAAACACAGACCCUAAACGAGGUAAAGGCAUUACAGAACCCAUCCCGGCUACAAUAGUGUUGUCCAGGUUAUCUCUGGAUAAAUUAACUGAGUCCAAAUAUUAUCACCAUACUGCGGAGCAGGCUAGAGCUACGAGAACCUCUUCUAGAUCAGGUCCAGACAAGGCAACGGAGCCCAAACAUGGUGAAGAUACUGUAGCUACAAGAACCUCCUUUAGAUUAGCUCCAGAUAACUCAAAAGAGUCCAAACAUGGUAAAUACACUGCCGCACAGGUUGGAGAUACAAAAACAUUUUCUAGAUCUGCUCCAGGUAAAAACACAGGCUCUACACAGUAUAAAGAGACUACAGAACCUCCCUCAGCUACAAUUGUGUUGUCCAGGUUAGCUCUGGACAAACUACCAGAGUACAAACAUGUCGAAGAUACCGCAGCGCAGGUUGGAGCUUCAAGAACAUCAUCUAGAUCAACUUCAGAUAAAAACACAGACUCUAAGCAGGAAAAAGGACCUACAGAACCUGCCCCAGCUACAAGAGUAUUGUUACGGUUAGCUCUGGAUAAAUUAACUGAGUCCAAACAUAGAAUGGCGCCUAGAUUAGCUUCAGGGGAACCAACAGAAUCUGAAGCAGGAAAAGAACCUAAAGAAGGUGGCGCCACUACGGUAAUGUUGUCUAGAUUAGCUACAGAUAAAACCACAGAAUCCCAACAAGCUAAAGAAACUCCUGCCGCUACAACAACCGCAUCCAGAUUAUCCCCAGAUAAAUCAGCAGAUCCAAGUCCAGUUAAGGAACCAGGAGGGCUUGUUGCAGCUACAAGAAGCAGACGGUCAGCGAGCGCUGGUUCGUUGGACAAGGAUUCAACCGCAGUGGAAACUCCUUCACAAAUUAAAAGAGAGGUGAAAUCAAGAAGAGCUUCCUCAGUUGGGUCUGCCUCUGAUGUAAAACCUGCUGUUGGGAGACCUGCAGGUAAACGUCCAGCUAAGCAGGAAGCAACAAGCAGCAGUGGCCAAGAAGUUGCAGCAACGUCGACCAUGUCUGCAGGCACAGAAAGGUCUGCAGCUGGACGCCGCGUUUCCACCCGGAACAGAGGCACGGACGUAAAGCUCAGUGACGUUCCCCACGUGGCAACUUCUGGAAAGAGGAGGAAAGAAGUGGACAGAGAAGAGACCCCGGAGGUGAAGAGGAAGAAGAAAGAGGAGAAAGAGGAGAGGAAGGAGGCUCAGAGACCUGAGAGCAGAAGGUCAAAAAGAAAGAAGGAGGACGACAAACCCGAGGCAAGAAGAGAGGGAAUAAAGACGAGGAGAACGGAGCAGGAGGAGACGGCUGGGAGGGAGACGGAGGGAAGAAAAACAAGGAAAGAGGAGCAAAAGGAGGAGAAACAUGAGGGGGAAAACGAAAGAGUGAAGACCCGGAAAGCUGAGGGAGAGAACACAUCAGAGGAGGAGACGGGGAGAAGAAAGACGAGGAGAGGCGACAGAGAGGAGGGAAAGGAGGGCAAGAAAAGAGAAGGAAUGAAGAUGAGGAGGUCUGAGAGAGACAAGGAGGCCACAGAAAUAAAGAUGGAGAGAAUAACGAUGGAGAAAGGUGACAGAGGGGAGGAAAAAACGGAAAGAAAGGCUAAAGAAGAGACUGCUGAGAAGGAGAGGGAGGAAGCUAAGAAAGUAACACCUGAGGAGAUGAGUGAGACCACCCAUGAGGGAGCAGAGGAGGUGAAGACCAGGAGAAAUGAGAAAGAGGAGGACACGCCUGAGGACGAAACCCAGGGGACAGAGAGAGGAGAGAAGGACGAGGGGAAAACAGAGGGAUUAAAAACGAGGACAGCUGAGAAACCGGAGGAGAAAGUGGGGGAGAAACAGGGAGACAAAAGAGAAGUAAGAAACGAAGAGGAGACGGAGGAGAGCGAAACCCAGAGACCUGAGGAGAAAAGUGGAGAACAAGGAGAAGGAACGACGAGCAGGAGGACGGAGAAAGAGAAGGAGACGAGGGAGGAGGAGGCUGACGUGGUGAAGACCAGGAGAGGUGAGAAUAAGGAGCAGAAGAAGGCGGACGACAAGAAAAGAGUGGAGAGAGCAGAACCAGGAGCAAUUCCUCAGGUCAGAGGGGCGAGACAGACGAGAGAAAAGGAGACGAAGCAGGAGACGACAAAAGACGCCGCUGAAGGAGAGAGACGGGGGAGGGGGGAGGAGAGUCAGGGGAUGAAGAGGAAGAGAGGGGAGGAAGACCAGAAGGUACAGAAGAGAAGAAAACACGCCGAGAGGGAGGAGAACGAGGAGGAGAGCGAUGAUGGAGGAGAGGAGUGUGAGGAGAAAGGAGACGAGCGACACCACCAGCUGGCGGCCCGCAGGGAGAGUCUGCUUCAGUCUCUGAGGGGUCUGCUGAAGACGAAGGAGACGACCAAGGAGAUGGCGAAGGGCUCCCCGGCCGCAGGAGGAAGGCGCGCUGAGAAGAAGACGGCAGGCAGGCGUGGCGAGCCAGAGGACAAACGCAAAGGAGAGAGGACGGAAAAAAUGUCCACCAGGAAGUCAGCAGCGGCGGAGAGCAAGAACGAGAAACCGAAGAAAGAUAAAGAAAUGAGAACCCGGGACCAGAAAGAAGAGCGACCGUCCAACCCGAGGACGAGUUUAGAGAAGAAGAGGGACGGACAAAAGGCGGAGAAGACAAGCGAACGCACCAGGGAGGACAAGAUGGCCGCCAGGAAGCCGACGUCUGAGAGGAGCGAUGACGACAAGAGAAGCAAGGGAGGAGAGAAGGUGUCCAAGCAAAAGACGAGCGCUGAGACGAAGAGAGGCGGAGACGAGACGGAGAGAGGAACGAGGACAAUCGCAGAGGAGGAGACGGGUGGCAGGGAGCAAAAGAUGUCCCCCCGCGGGUCGGCUGAGGAGGCGAGGAAGGAUGAGAGAAAAGGAGAGGAGGACGCCAAGCAGCAGAAAGACCAGAGGAAAAUAAUCGGGAAGAUCGUGAAAGCCAGCCAGGGGACGAAGAUCCAGGUGAAGACGAGGAUGGGAGGACUGACGAAGGCAGGCGGUGAGGAGGAGGAGAGGAAGAAGGAGGCGACAAGGGGAAAAGAUGAGAAGGAGGAGAAGAAGAAAGAGGAGAAUGUGGGAGGCGUAGAGGAGGAGAAGGAGGCGAAAAAGGCCUCUAGGUUGGAGAAAAGGGGAAAAGAUGAGAAGGAGGAGAGUGUGGGAGGCGUGGAGGAGGAGAAGGAGGCGAAAAAGGCUUCAAGGUUGGAGAAAAGGGGAAAAGAUGAGAAGGAGGAGAAGGUGGGAAGCGUGGAGAAGGAGAAGGAGGCGAAAAAGGCUUCUAGGUUGGAGAAAAGGGGAAAAGAGGAGGAGAAGAAGAAAGAGGAGAAUGUGGGAGGCAUAGAGGAGGAGAAGGAGGCGAAAAAGGCUUCCAGGUUGGAGAAAAGGGGAAAAGAGGAGGAGAAGAAGAAAGAGGAGAAUGUGGGAGGCGUGGAGCAGGAGAAGGAGGCGAAAAAGGCUUCCAGGUUGGAGAAAAGGGGAAAAGAGGAGGAGAAGAAGAAAGAGGAGAAUGUGGGAGGCGUGGAGGAGGAGAAGGAGGCGAAAAAGGCUUCCAGGUUGGAGAAAAGGGGAAAAGAGGAGGAGAAGAAGAAAGAGGAGAAUGUGGGAGGCAUAGAGGAGGAGAAGGAGUCGAAAAAGGCUUCCAGGUUGGAGAAAAGGGGAAAAGAGGAGGAGAAGAAGAAAGAGGAGAAUGUGGGAGGCAUAGAGGAGGAGAAGGAGGCGAAAAAGGCUUCUAGGUUGGAGGAAAAGAAAAAAGAGGAGGAGGAGAAGAAGAAAAAAGAGGAGAACGUGGGAAGCAUAGAGAAGGAGGCGAAAAAGGCUUCUAGGUUGGAGAAAAGGGGAAAAGAGGAGAAGGAGGAGAGUGUGGGAGGCGUGGAGGAGGAGAAGGAGGCGAAAAAGGCUUCUAGGUUGGAGGAAAAGAAAAAAGAGGAGGAGGAGAAGAAGAAAAAAGAGGAGAACGUGGGAAGCAUAGAGAAGGAGGCGAAAAAGGCUUCUAGGUUGGAGAAAAGGGGAAAAGAGGAGAAGGAGGAGAGUGUGGGAGGCGUGGAGGAGGAGAAGGAGGCGAAAAAGGCUUCUAGGUUGGAGGAAAAGAAAAAAGAGGAGGAGAAGAAGAAGAAAGAGGAGAAUGUAGGAGGCAUAGAGGAGGAGAAGAUGAAAAAGACUUGUGGGAUGGAGAAAAGAGAAAAGGUGGAAGAGAAGAAGAAGAAGUCUGAAGCUAAGUCUAAAAGUAGCUCUGAGACGGAGGAGAAAACAGAAAAACAGGAAGAGAAGAAGAACCAAGAUGGAGGCAAGAUGGCAGGAAAACGGGAGGAGCAGGAAGGCGGGAAGGAAGCCAAGCUGAUGAGAAUAACGCGGGAGCAGAGGAAGAAAGACGACAAAAAAGAGGGCAGAACGACUUCAGGCCGACCAGGACGGAGUAAAGAGGAGACGAAGAGGGGGAGAGGCCGACCUGAGGCGCCUCCUGACGGUUUACGGGUCAAAGCCGAGGAGAAGGAGGAAGCUGACGGAGAUGGCAGAACCAGGAAGGAGCCGGGACCGCACAAGAGGAGUUCCAGUCCAACCCCGACGGACUCGACUCUGCACCGGAUCAACGGCGAGCUGCGGAUCUCUCUGAAGACAGACAAGCCUGACAUCAGGAAGUGUCUGUCAGCGUUGGACCAGCUCAGCAUGCUGUAUCUAACGUCCCAACACGCCCAGAGACACACCGAGCUCGUCGCCACGCUCAGGAAGAUGCGGUACUACCGGGCCAGCCAGGCCGUCAUGGACAAGGCCUCCAUGCUCUACAACCGCUUCAGGAACGCCUUCCUGGCCGGGGAGGGCGAGCAGGAGGUGGUGAGCGCCGCCUUCCUGCGCUCCCUGCUGGAGGAGAAGGAGAGGGAGGAGGCGCAGAGGGCCGAGCUUAGGAUGGCGACGCUGCAGAAGGAGGCGCAAACCCAGGGUCCAGUGGACUCCUCCUGAGACCAGAACCCACCCGUCACUGUGGGCGGGUCCCACUCAGCCGCGCGUUUACCUGCCGACGGGCAACGUGUGACAUCAUGACGCUCGUACCGGAACGUUGGAGCGUUUUUUUUAUUUUAGUUUAUUUAGUUCUUUAUGUCAGCUACUGCAGGGCAUUAACCUGAAACACUGAGUUACUGGUGCUAAUUUUACCUCCUGUCUGAAGCUCCUGCUUAAACUCCUCUGGUGCUGUUUGUUCCCAGCCCUGCUCCUCGAGACAGGGGCUGAUGGGAAAUGUAGUUGUCCUUUUAGUUUUAAUAUUUCACUGUGUGCGAGUCGAAACGUAAAGCAUUAAACCCGAACGUGUAGAAAGGUGGUGCAGACGAAGCUCCUCUCUGCUUGUUGCUUUUGUAUAAAUCUGUACAGGAAAGUUUUACUCUUGUACCUGUUGGGGUGUUUUUACCUGUGUGCGUGUUUGUAAAUCUGCAUUUUUCUAAUGUUUUUUUCCAUAAACGCGGCAGCCGGAUGCCUUAUUCUGCAUAAUGGAUGUCCUCUUUGCACAGAGUGCUGCUAAACUGCUCCCUGCUGUCUUUGCAAACAUUUACUGUUCACACUAAAGUCCAAGAGCCUGGAAGAUUUCAACUUUUUAUUUAACCAAGAAUCAUCUGAUCAGGAAGGAGGCAUACCUCAAUAAAUAAAACAUUUUAUCCCCCCGGUAACUGA